CCCUAAGUUAGGGUGGCAGCACUGGAUGCACUUGGCGUGGGUUUUAUUUUUGUGUAGGUACCUAGUGCCUACCUUAAAGUAAAUGGCGUGGGUUGAUGGAUUUUAUAUAAAAUAAAUGUUUUAAGUGGAAAUUUACCUACAUAUUAUAUAUUGGUUCGAUCGAACAAGUGCGUCACCAUGUCACAACAAUACAGUUUGCGGUGGAAUAACCAUCAACCUAACUUUAUUUCAAUGUUUACAACACUUCUGAAUACAAAAACAUUAGUAGAUGUUACCCUGGCAGCAGAAGGGCAGCACUUACAGGCUCAUAAAGUGGUUCUUUCAGCGUGUAGUACAUAUUUUCAGGCACUGUUUGUAGAUAACCCAUCACGCCAUCCUAUUGUCAUUCUAAAAGAUGUUACAUUUUCCAAUCUUCGUACAAUGGUAGACUUCAUGUACUAUGGUGAAGUUAAUGUUACUGAAGAACAGUUACCCCAGGUUCUUGACACAGCCAAAGUCCUAAAAAUCAAAGGUUUGACAGAAAUGCCAGACUCUACUUCUCUGACAAGGCAGAACAUGACUUCGGAAUUUCAAUCAUCUGGUGAAGUUGAGUCACUCAGACCUUCAGCAUCCCCUUCAUCAUCACCCUACAAUAAAAAACGACGUCGCAGAAAGAGUUCCACGGGGUCAAUAGGAGUAGGAAGUCUAGUGCUUGACGACACUAAGCAUGAAGAUUUUGGGCAGAAUUCACAAGAUAUUGUGCGUGCAGAAACCAUUACAUUGAGUAGUCUUCCGCAACAGAGACGCAUGCGGGAAUAUGAUGAAAGAUUAGAAGUUAUGGAAUCUGCUGAUGAACCACAUAACCUGAAUGUUGAACCUAUGACCAUUGACGAUUCAGUUGGUAUUGCCCCAGAUAAUUUAGAUUCUCAAGUAGACCUUCGAUGGCGGCGCACAAAAUUGUUUAAGCGUCAGAAUCGCGUCCAGCCAGAGGAAAGAGAAAUUCAAAAACAAAGUUCGGAGCCGAUACCUUCGUCCAUCGCUACAACACUUUCUUCGCCCACGCUUCAGAAACAUGAAUCAUACCCACAAUAUUUUACAAUUAAGAGACAUCGAUUGAAAGCCGAACACACCGUCGGUUCGUUACACAUACGCACUGUUCCAGACCGUCAACCAUCGACAUCUGCUACUAUCCCGACAUCGCAAUCCGUUACUCUUCCAGUUACAACGUCUACGGCCACUUCUUGUGAAACUGUGACCACUGAUUCUAGUGCACAAACCACACGAGCUAGUCACACACCAGCUGUGCGAUCCGGACCUCCGCUGAGCUGCAACUUUUGCUGGAAUACAGUUGACGAAUGCGGCCGCAUACUCCGUCGUAAAACACAGUACCAUUGCCCAGAAUGCCGAACGAAUUUAUGUAUAGUACCCUGCUUUCAUGAGUACCACGAUGCCGCUGAUCCCGAGGCGGCAAACGCCAGAUGAAGGAAAACUGUUAUCGUCGCUACUAACGAGAUCUCUAAAUUUCAGUAAAUUUGUGUCAAAGUUGAACAUGUUGGAUUAACAUUUGAUGUUGUACACAGUAAAAUGGACGUUUUUAUUAAGACAGUUUUUGUGGUACUGUACCACAGUACCCUGUGUAUUUUAUGAGCUUCACAUGUGUGAUUCCAGAUUUUAUAUUAUAAGGUUAAGAGUAGUAAUCUUUAUAACUAUCUAUUUGUUGUUAAAUUCUGGCAUAUUAUAUCGUAUUUGAAUGAAAAUUUUUGCAGAGAUGGCUAAGAAUUUUAUCUCGAAUUUUUUUAAAGUAGCCACACACCAGCUGUGUUAUCUGAACCUCAGCUGAGCUGCAAAUUUUGUCGUAAUAGGUACAGACGAUGAAUGCGGCCGCAUACUCCGUCGUAAAACACAGUGCCAAUGCCCAGACCGCCGAAGGAAUUAAUUAUGUAUAGUAUGCCCUGUUUUGAGUACCACGAUGAAGCUAAUCCCGAGACAUCAAACGCACCUAGGGAAUCUGUCAUCGUCGCUACUAAUCGAGAUUUCUAAAAUUCAGUAAAUUUGUGUCAAAGUUGAACAUGUUGAAUUAACAUUUGGUUACACAACACAACAUAGGUACACAGUUAAAUUGACGUUUUUAUUAAGUCAGUUUUUGUGGUACUAUACAACAGUACCGUGUGUAUUUUAUGAGCUUUGCAUGUGUGAUUCCAGAUUUUAUAUUAUGAUGUUAAGAGUAAUCAUAUUUGUAAAUAGCUGUAAUAUGGUUGGUAAAUUCUGACAAAUUAGGUCGUAUUUGAAUGAAACUUUCCGCAAAGAUGGCUAAGAAUUUUAUCUCGUUGUAUUGUUAAAAUAAUUAUAUUGAAUUCGUCCGAGAAUGUGGUAAGUAAUUGGUAAGCUAAAUAAUAUUUUCAGAUUUUAAACAUUGUCGUUCUAUAUGUGUCUGCUUACUCAAAUCUUGUAAUAUUUAAAGUAGCCAUAAUUAAAUUAAUAAUAACAAAUACAUAUAUACCUUAAUAAACUGUAAACAAAAAUCUAACGAGGAUUCAUUGUAGUUACGAAAAAUAUAUAGAAAUAGGUACAUCUUUAUAUCGUCGUUAAAAACGUCAAUGUUGUAUAGAAUAUUUGUUGGAUGUCCGUGGAUAAAAAGGCAUUUAAUGUGAACUUGCCCGUUUUUCUGGUCUCGUUGUUUGUGAUUGAAUUUCGCACUUUUAAUCCCAAUAAGAAUUCAAACAUACCCUUGAUGUUUAGAAUACAAUAGUAUUGUUGGUAUGUGAACGGCAUUUCCAUUAAUUGUAUAGGUAUAUAUUAUAUAAAAACAUGCGUAAUGCAUGCAUUAAUAAAUUGUUCUACAUAAAAAAAUUCAAAUUAAGCUUUUAAAUAAAAAUAUUCUUGUAUUUGGCAUGUCUAUGUGAUACGUAUUUGAUAUUUUUAUUGUUGAUAAAGUGCAUGAAAUGCAGUAUUCUUCAGUGUUGUUUGAUUGUAUAAAGUACUAAGUGUAAUAUAUUUUUUUAUAUCGUGUUUUAAUGAUGUUACCAUCAACGUGCUUUUAAUUGAUAUAUUUUUGGCCGUGAAUUUUAUGUAUAGAAGACAAACUUAAUAGUAUUUAACGAACCUCUCUUGUUGUUGGUCUGUACCAACAUCACAACCUCGAUGUGUUUUCUGAAUCUUAAUCUUCAUUGGAUGAGUGACCGUAUAAGUUUUAGUAGCUACUAAUAAGUGUCAAAAUUUAAUGUUCUCUUAAUAAAAUUAUCAAAAUUA